AUGGAGGGCAUUUCUCUUUUGGAUGUGCUCUUUUCAAACGCCACGUAUUCGCUGCUGAAUGACACCGGUGCGUGGUUUGCAUUGCAUAAUUCGUCAGUGAAGCCUGUAUUUUCUAACGUGAUGGCCAUUAAACGAGGCCGAAAUCCCAUUCUUCUUGGGAAAAGCUCGGACCAAUUUUCUGGGUCGGUCAUAGAAAACUCGGUGUAUUCUGGAAAUGGGAGCGGCAAGUCCAGCAUUUUGCAGCAAAUUUUAUGCUUCCAAAUUAUGGCACAAAUUGGGAUCUUUGUUCCAGCACAGUACUGCUCGUUAAAGAUAAUCACAAAUAUUCAAACGGUGAUGCCAAACCUUAUUUCCUCGAUCAACAAUUCGUCUUCGCUGUUUAAUGAGCUUGUUUUUGUGGAAAGAACUUUUUAUUCACUGGAGGCCUUUGAAGAUGCCCCUAAUUCUUCCCUGAUCUUGAUUGACGAAAUCUGCCAAAGUACUGCACCAAACGAAGGCAUUGCACUUUUAUUCACCAUCUUUGAGCACUUGGCAAACACAGAGGUAGUCCACAUCAUCUCCUUGUACGUUUAG